AUGCGACAGAAAAGUUCUUCAAAUUCAGCUUUAAUUGUUGGUUUAGUAGCAGCAGUUGGUGGUUUCAUGUAUGGAUAUGAUACUGGAUUAAUAAAUGAUUUAUUAGAAAUGAAAUUUGUUUAUACUAAUUUCCCAAAUAAUGGUAUUGGAUUUUCAACUCAUGAAAGAGCUAUAAUUGUUGCAUCAUUAUCAUUGGGGACAUUUUGUGGUGCAUUAAUAGCUCCUUUAAUUUCAGAUAAUUAUGGUAGAAAAUUUUCAAUCAUUAUAAGUGCUGGUAUCAUUUUUAAUAUUGGAAAUAUUUUACAAAUAAGUUCUAUUGAAAUUGCUCUAUUAUGUGUUGGAAGAUUUGUUUCUGGUAUUGCUGUUGGUAUAUUAUCUGCUAUUGUACCAUUAUAUCAAGCUGAAGCUUCACCUAAAUGGGUUAGAGGUUCAGUUGUUUUUACUUAUCAAUGGGCUAUAACUUGGGGUUUAUUAAUAGCAAGUGCAAUAUGUCAAGGAACAAGAAGAAUGACAAAUUCAGGAUCUUAUAGAAUACCUGUUGGAGUACAAUUUUUAUGGGCUAUAAUUUUAACAACUGGAAUGUUAUUUUUACCAGAAUCUCCAAGAUAUUAUGUUCAAAAAAAUGAUUUACAAAAAGCUUUACAAUCAUUAUGUAAACUACGACGUUUACCAGCUGAUGAUGAUGAUUUAAUUGAAGAAUUAGUUGAAAUUAAAGCAAAUUAUGAUUAUGAAUUAUCUUUUGGUAAAACUACUAUUUUAGAUUGUUUUAGAAGUGGUGGUGGUAGACAUAAACAAGGUUUAAGAAUGUUAACAGGUGUAGGAGUACAAUUUUUUCAACAAUGUUCUGGAGUAAAUUUUAUUUUUUAUUAUGGAGUUAAUUUUUUUAGUUCAACUGGAGUACUGAAUUUUUAUAUAAUGUCAUUAAUUACUUAUGUUGUAAAUGUUGUAUUUACAAUACCUGGUAUUAUAUUAAUUGAUACAGUUGGUAGAAGACCUUUAUUAUUUUGGGGUGGUAUUGGUAUGGCAGUUUCUAAUUUUAUUAUAGCAAUAGCUGGUGUAAGUGUUAAAGAAGAUCAUGUAAAUGCUAUAUUAUGUGUUUCAUUUUCUUGUGUAUUUAUAUUAUUUUUUGCAAGUACUUGGGGUGGUUGUACUUGGGCUUUAUGUUCAGAUAUUUAUGGUAUUUCAAUAAGACAAAAAGCUGUCGCAUUAACAGCUGCAACAAAUUGGUUAGUAAAUUUUAUAUUUGCUUAUAUAACACCAUAUUUAAUUGAUACAGGAUCUCAUACUGCAGCAAUGGGAAGUAAAAUUUUUUUUAUAUGGGGAAGUAUGAAUGCAAUUGGUACAAUAUUUGUUUAUUUUACAGUAUAUGAAACAAAAGGUUUAAAAUUAGAAGAAGUUGAUUAUAUGUAUGUUCAUUGUAAUAAUGCAAGAAUUUCAAAUAAAUUUAAAUCAACUAAAAUUCAUUAUGAUCAAUUAGAUGAUAAUUAUAAUCCAUUAAAUUCUUUACCACCUGUAUCAACAUCAUCAAAUGAUUUAUCACCAAAUGAAAAAGAUCAAGAUUUAGAUCUAGAUCAUGAUCUUGAUCAUGAUAAUGAACAAGCUCAAGAUUCAAGCAAUCCAAUGAUUCAAGAAUAUAAAGAUGUAACAAUAGUUCCAUAUAAUAAUAUAUUAUCACCAUCAAUACUGAAUUCAUCAAAUGAUUCAAAUUCAAAUACAAAUUCAAAUUUAACUGCUUCAAAAUUUAGAAAACAAUCAAUUAUAUCAUCAUCAAUAAAUUCAACAAAAUCAAAUUCAAAUCAAUCACAAAUUUCAAAUGAUUAUCAAUUAUAUUUAGAAAGUUUACAAAAAGAAUAUUCUCAACAUUAUAAUAAUUCUGCAAAUUUAAUAAAAAAAAUUUCAUCAAGUCAAAGUGGUAAAAAAUCACAAACCAUUAAAAAUAAUCAUAACAACAAUAAUAGAAAUAAUAGUUUUAAUGCUCAAAAUCAUAGUUUAGAUCAACAUAAUUUUGAUCAAAAUCAUCAAAAUUCAACCAAUAUAACAGUACUAAAUCAAAAUGAUUUUAAUCAAAAUCAUAAUAUUAAUAAUGAAUUAACGAAUCCAAAUAAUAAUAAUAAUAAUUUAGAAAAUUUAGAAAAUUUAAAAACUACAAUUAUUGCAACUCCUUUUUUUAAUCAACCACCACCUGAUUCAGAUACAAGUUCUGAAGAAUCCAUAUAA